UUCUUCUGAUCUCUAUACUCAUACUUACUGUUUAUCUCUAUUAUCCCGUUCAAUUAUUUUCUCACUGUCAAAAAACAACAACAAACAAACAAACCAAUAACCAUUUUGCAAUCAACAAAGUGUAUCAAGACACUCAAGUAUGGCCGGUUUGCUAAAAUCAUGACCCAAGGCAAUAUUACAAUUAGCGACGACAAUGGAAACAAUUUACACAGCGCUCAAGCCAACAUUAUCCAAAACAACAGUAAUAAUAAUGAUAGUAUCACCAAUGAAUCCUCCUUUUCCACAAUCAAUCAUACCAUCGACUCGUCAAAAGAAGAACCACCACUCUCUCCAACAUCAUCCAAUACUAAUCAAGGUGCAUCAUCCUCAAUUAUUCUCCCCACUUCUCAUUGGAAAUCAGAAACCCCAAAUACCAGCAACAACAAAGGCAAAGCAAAAGCGAAUGACAGCAAUGAAUCCUCAACCAAUAGACCUCAAGCCGCCUUUAUCAACAAAUUAUACAAAAUGUUGGAAGAUGAUUCGAUACAACAUUUGAUCAACUGGUCUCCUAAUGGUGAUCUAUUCAGCGUAUCUAGUCCUACUGCAUUCUCAAAGUUGGUUUUACCUCAAUACUUUAAACAUAAUAACUGGCAAAGUUUCGUUCGACAACUCAACAUGUACGGAUUCCACAAAGUCAACGAUAUGAUUCACUCCAACUUGACUAGCGAAAGCCAAAAGUGGGAAUUCCGACAUCAACAUUUUCGACGAGGAGCCAUAAACGAAUUACAAAAUAUUAAAAGAAAAAGUGCCAAAUCCCAUCAUCAAUACUUGUCACCGACUAGUUCACCAGUAUCUACCUCCUCUGUUGGUCGUCUCCUUCUCAAUACCAGUAGUCAUCAACAAUCGACACAAGAUCAGCAACAACAGCAAUCAAAUCAACAGUUUGGAGGAAACCAUGGUGAACAUAAUCUAUAUGACGACAAAUAUAGUCUAGAUCCUAUCAACAGGGUAGACCAAUCCAAUCCAAUAUAUCAUCAUAUUUUACGCCUGGAAGAUCGUGUUCGACUUGUUUCUCAUUCACAUACUUCGCUUAAGAAUGAAACUGAACGUUUGAAAUCUAUUCUAUUAAGACAACAAGAUGCUAUGCAAGAUAUUGCUGAUGUGUUGUUGAAUAUAUCAAAAUAUGACAGUAAUAAUGUGCAUUAUGAAAAAGUUGAAAAGAUCAGGCAACACAUCAAGACGUUACGCGAAGCAAUGGACGAUGGUAAGCGAAAUCUCUCGGAAUCGGAAUGCCAACUAGAUUCAUCCUUGAAACGAAAAUCUCCUCAAACGGCAACAACAACAUCGACUUUUUCGUUCACGGAAGACAGUACCAACGCGCCACCUCCACUAUCAUCCGCUCGGGUUGGCAAUAAUGACAAUCCAAAUCUCAAUACCUACAACAAUUACAUCAAUGUCACUAGUACUUAUCGAAAUGACGGAAUGACAACGACAUUCAUGAAGAGUGAUGAUCAUGAUACUGACAACAACAACAACAGUAGUAAUAGUAGCAUCGUAUAUCGAAAGAGCGAACCCUUCUUACCUAUGCCGAUCUCAUCCAUUCUAUCAUCGAAUCUAUCUCCUUCUCCAGAACACAUACAGACAUCUAUGGAAGGUACCAGCAGCAAUGACAAUCGAUUACCCUCUAUCGAUCUCUCACAUACAGGUCCUUUUUCUUCAGCAUCUUCACAUCAUUAUCCGCAAUAUCCAACAACAACAUCCCCACCGAUGAGGGCUGGCCAUAGUUUACAACCUUUUCAAUCAUUACAACCCAUUCGAUCUUUAUUGGAAGCUACUGAAUUACGUCCUAUUGGUCCAUCCACAGAAUCAAUCACUGAAACAAGAUUAUCUCCGUACAUGGGCCUUGGAAAAGAAUCGCCGCUGAUGAAUCCCGUUGAUUUACGACAUCCAUCUUAUGACAACCGUGAUACGAAGGAGACAAAGCGACGACGAAAAGAACACUGAAAAAAAAAAAAAUAAGAAGACAUAAAGAUAUUACAAAUCAAUGCAAUAGGCGUAUCCUCCUUGUUUUUUUUUGUAAAUGAUAUCCCAUCAUUUGACCUUAUUUUAUUCUAUGAUUUACAUUAUUCUUAGAUCCAACAUUGUGAAUACUUAGUUAGAAUCGCAUCCAUAUUUUUUUGAACAACUUUUAAAUAAAGAUUUUCUCGUACAUAUCAUCC